AUGCAAUCCGCGCUCACGGGCGUGGGUGCUGCAGGCAAUCUGCUUCCGCCGCGAAGUAUCGAGUACGUCUCACGCGCGCACAUCGGGAUCGAGCCCGAGUUCGCUGCCCUAGUCCUAUAGUCCGCCGACGCGCGAAAGAAGACGCCAGGAAAACACUAGCAGAGGAGAUGGGGAGCGAGAGCACCGGAAAUGCUGGUAGCACUUUCAGGUCUCGGAUGGAGUACUAUAUGUACAGCGGCGACAAGAAGCACGUCUUCGUUGGAAUGGCCAUCAUCGGCGUCGUCUUCGGUGUUCCCUGGUACUUCAUGACUCGAGGAACAAAGCAAAGGUCUCAUCAAGAUUACAUGGAAAAAGCUGACAGAGCACGGAGCGAAAGGCUUUCUUCAAGCCCAUCCUCCGUUAAAGGAUCCUAGGGAGCUUCUUUUGAAGUCACGGAUUUUGACCCUUCCAUGGAAGGUAUAGGUUUCUUUUAUUUAUAAUCAUGUCUUUGGCGCAACCAAGACUCAUAUCCUUUGUGGUGGAUGAUACGAGAGAAUCCAAAAUGUGGACAUGGAAACCCCUGUUAAUUCCCUGUGAAACGUAAACCGUGGAAUCCAACAAUAAUUACGUUGUCUGGUUUUGAGUGUUGUUUUCUAUGAAAAUGUUGAAAGGUCAACAGUCAAACAGUGAGAGCUGUCUUUUAUGACCGAGAAAUCUUAGAGCAAUUUCGUUGUUUGGUUUGGAA